AAAUAGUAAUGUCUAUAUCUGACACUGUCAUUGUAAUUUGCAAGUUGAAAGAAAUACAAAAUUGAAAAAAAUAUAAACCAUGUAAAAUCUUCACGUUAAAAAAUGAUAAUAAAGUUAAAUUAAUGUGAAUGUUGUUAUAUUAAUUGUUUAUCAAGUCCCAAAAUUCUAGCGUUUUGCAACAAAAACCUUACCCAUGAAAUCUAAAGUACAAAAAGAAGUAAACAAAAUGUUACCACAAGCGAAAUCAUACACUAGUAUUUAUGAAAUAUUUGGAUCGUCACCAUUUAGUAAUGUGCUAUAUAAAAGUCCAAAAAAAAGUGAUAAAGACCGUUAUACUUGUACAACAAAUUGUGGAGAUAGUGAAAAUAAAACUGAUAUCAAAGAAUCAACAAAUGUCAAUCAUGCUAAAUAUGUAACCAGUGAAAAUUAUCACCAUCUGAAUAAAGACGUCAGUUAUAAAUCCGUAGUGCGAUCAAGCAGUACCAUAUUCUAUGAUCUUGAUGACAUCGCAAAAAGGCAUUCGUUUCAUUGUCUUACUGAACUGAGUAUAUCAAAUGCAAAUCUACUGAAGGUUUUAAAGAUACCAGCCACCACAAAUGUUUUUGGUGGAAGAUCAGAAGCUGUAGUACAAGAAUGUGCAACGCAAAUUCAGCCUAAACGCUUGGCACGUGAUAGCAUUGAGAUUAAUGCUAAAAAAGCCAAGAGGAAAUUUUAUCGUGAUUUGAUACUUUCAUCUGAAAUAUUUUUAAGGGAUGAAGAAUACACUAAUGAUUACAACAAAAACCAUCAUUAUGACAAAAAUAUAAGUGACAAGCAACAAAAGUUUUGGUCAUAUGCAAAGUAUAGAACAGAAUACACAAAUCCAGUGAGUGAAGUAAAGAAGCAUAGAAAAAAGGAAAAAGAGAAACAAACCGAAGACCCGUGUCCAUGUCAGUUAUUUUCUUACGUAUGCCCAUGCACUGACAAAAAAUCCCUCACCAAAUUAGCUAAAAGUAGUAAAUCUAUUACAGUUAUUGACCAAGUUACCAGUACCACAAAAUUUUUUGAAGAUGAAACCAGAGAUAUGAAGAAAAAGGCAACAAAGAGACAGAAAUGUCAUAAGUUUAAAGAAGAAAAACUUACUGGUAUAAGUCCAAUCGAAACGGUCGAAAGUAUGGUUUACAAAAAUAAAUCUAUAACUGAUCACGAUGCACCGAAAUUACAUGAUGUGUUAGACAGAGACCAAUGCAGUGUUAAAAGUAAACCAAAGUAUCACAGAAAAUCACGAAAAAUAAUAUGCCCAAAUUGUAAAGAAAAGGUGGAAAUAAUAAGCACUACCGAAGAAGAGGAAAAUCUGAAAUGCGAUUCCUCGACAUAUGGUAGCAAAGAAAUAUCGCCAACUACAGCAUACGCAUGUAGAGCUCCACUGUCCAAAAACCAUAAAGGAAAAAUUGAGAAUGACGGCGACAUUUGCUUUCACGAACCUCGUUGUGAGAUGGUGCCGGUGUGCCAAAUACUACCAUGUGAUGACAAUUAUUUGAACUCUAAAAGUAAUAAAUCGCAAACAAGUCCAAAACAAAAUACACGCGUUAUUCGAAUUACUAAAGCGUGCAGGCAUCAUCCACCGUGUACAGUCGUACCAUCAUGUCAAAGAGCAAACGUUCUCAAAAACAAUUGUGAAUAUAUUCCUCCAUGCUUACAUCGGCCUCGUUGCGUUAAUCUACCUCUUUGUGUUCCAUUUUCUAAAAGCAUGCAUUAUGAGGAAGUGAACAAGCAUGUUGAUGAGAACGAAAAUUCAGAAUGUCCACACGUUCCGAGAUGUAAAUACAUUCCACUGUGUCAACAUGAUUCAUUGGUAAAUAAUGUUAACCAUCAAAUCCAUAUGAUACCGCAGAUGCAACACGCUUGUGAAUUUAUGAAUGGAUACCAAACACCAGCUUUUCUAAUUACUCCACAAACGAAUUGCAUGCCAAAUUCUUAUUCUCCUUGUCAGGUUUCGUCUCCAAAUACUUGUUCGUAUAAACCAUCGAAAUCAUGUCAAUAUGACUGCACCGAUAAUAAAUGCUACACGUUUAAUGUUCCGAAAGCUAGCAACAGCAACGAGAUGGUCGUAUUCAUAAGGGAUGUCGGCUGCCAAUUCCGCAACAAGAAUUAUUCGCCCAAAGAAUCAGUUAUGCAGUCCAAAGUUUCCAGCGAGUCAAUAGAUUUUGUUGAUGUAAAAAUAGACAAAUAUUAUACUGACGUCCAUACAUUACGUUAUGAAGAUAAGUUCACCAAUCCAAUAUCAGGAGGUGAAGUUUCUUUGUCAUCGGGAUCGCUUAGUACUUCCAUAGAAAAUAAUACUAAUUCUCCCUCGCAUGAGCAACGUGCUACCCGAAAUUCCCCACGUUCUAGACAAACAGGGUUUAGUCCGGAGGCAGCAUAUGUAACUGCAUUCAAUAUAUAUGGUGAACCUACUGCGACUGCAGCGCACAUUAGCCCCAACAGCCUCAAAGAAUUGAGCAAGUGUGACGCUCGAAUGUGUCGCGAUUGCCUCAAUCCGUCGAACGUUAAAUCUCGCAAAAGUUUACUAAAUCAUAAAUAUAAGAAAAUGUUCAACAGAAGGAAGAAAUGUAGAUCAUCUAGACAUGUCAAUUUAAAUCGCUCGAAACAAAUUAUAUAUCUUAAAACCAUUGAGAAAAAUAAUUACGUGUAAUAGCGUACUUAUAUUUUAUGGUGUUUUGUUUUUAUUUAUCUCUGAAAUUGUAUUAUGCGCUGAAGAAUUUUUAAUCAAUCGUUA